AUGCCGAAGCACAUUACCUGGUUCGUGACAUGGCUACCUCUUCUCAAAUUUGCACAAGCGGUUCGGUGUCUGAUAGGAAGCCGUGUACUAAAUUUUUGUUUUUUGAAGAUAUGCUAUUUGCUUAUCAUUGUGGUGUUCAUCGACGGAAGAGAACAGUGGUUUCUAUACAAUCAAGUGUUCCUUCUAUCAUUUCUCGCUCUUUUUUUCACUCUUUUCUCCAUACUCGCACGGUGCUUUGAGCUUGAGACGAGGAUGCCGUUUGACGCAGCGGUAUGUGGAACAAUCUGAGCAGGAAUCCGUAAUUUUCAGAGAAAUCUUUAAGGAUAUGGUUAGCAAUCUUGCCCUCACUAUCGUUUGCUUACUGUCCUCCACUGUUUUGCUCUGGGACAUCUGGAACAUGCGUCAAGGACCAUCAAAAUAUAAAUACCACGUUCGUUUGGCUCCUGUUAAUAUUGGUCAGGAAGCCUGGAUGAGAAGAUGUAUCAUAGCCUCAGUGAGUGAAACUAAUGAGUCUAUCCUAGCCUUACUACAAUCUAUUUCAGACUUCUUUGCUCCUUGCCGGAAUCAUGCACAUUAUUACAUAUCUGAAGCUUUAUCAGCAGAGACAGCAAUGA